CUGUGUGAGGAAGACUCUGAAGAGGUUAUCUAUCUGUUCCACCAUGGGCUUUCAUUCCCCUACCGCUUUUGUAAGCUACCCAAAUGCAGUCUCGAAUUAUCAUCGGAUACCCCAAAUGCCAAUGCCGCUGGGACGUCUGCCACCGACGUCGCUUCAGUUAUCUCCACUGUCCGACUUUUCACCUGCAAUAAUACACUCCUUGUGGGACACUACCACUCAUCUGGCAGAUGCCAUUGCGGCUCCCAUGAGCGGCGAUCAUGGUUCCCUCAUGAACAGUGUUUCCAACGAAAUUCAAAAUAUGAUGACGGAAUCCGAGCAUGUGGAAAUUCCAAAGGAAAUGGAAAUGGAGUCACUCGAGUUUCUCGGCCACGAUUUGUUGCUCUUUCUGGCCGUUGCCGUGUUGGUGGAUCCCCUGGCCAAAAUUAUGGGAGUGACACCGGUGCUGCUCUACCUGGUAUUGGGUUUCGUGGCUGGACCGUAUGGUCUCUCCUUGUUUUUGAGUGGUACCGAAGUCAAUUCUGAAAUUGGUGAUUUUGGUAUUUUAUUCCUCUUGUUUGUGGAAGGUCUCCAAUUGAGUCCAGAACGAUUAAAGGCGCUGGGAGGAUUCUUUUCCCUGGGUAUUGCACAAUUGCUGCUCAGUGUGGGAGGCAUAUUCUUUCUAUUCUUUUUUGGAGGACCCUAUUUGCUACCGAUUGUCCAAGACUUGAAGGUACCUAUUGAUUCCCAAACACUCCAGUUAUUGGAAAAACCAGUCAUUGCCUUUAGCAUUGCGGCAGCAGGAGCCUUGUCUUCCAGUGCCUUUGUAUUGCCAAUUUUGAAGGAAAAAGGAUGGGAAAAACGUGCCGAUGGCAUUGCUGCUCUGAGUAUCUUGUUGUUGCAGGAUUUAGCAGUGGCACCGUUGCUGGUGGCAUUGCCCUUGAUUGCCGAAUACGAAAGUAAUGGGGGCAGUAUUCAAGAUCCAACCGCAGUCGGAAUCUUGGCAGCCAAAGCAACAAUUGGUUUUGGGUCCGUUUUGGUAUUGGCGUCGGUCAUUUUGCGACAAAUCUUUCAGGUAGUGGCUAGCUAUGGCUCUUCACAAACUUUUGUGGCGGCAUCCCUUUUGGUGGCAGUGGGGAUGGGUGUCAUUGCCGAUGAUUUGGGUUUGUCGUCCACAACGGGCGCAUUUGCGGCAGGCGUCAUCUUGGCAGAGUCGGGUUAUCGGGCUCAAAUCGAAGCUGACAUUAAACCCUUUGAGGGAAUCCUGUUGGGUGUCUUUUUCGUCACGGCCGGUGCGUCGCUCGAUCCAAUGACUUGUAUCGAGCAAUGGCCUACGCUCCUGGCGGGGAUUGCUACCUUUAUUGGGAUCAAGUUAGCCAUCAUCUUUGCUGCCGGAGAGUUUGCUUUGGGGCUAACACGAGCUGAUUCAGCACGAGUGGCACUCUUGCUGGCCGGAGGAGGAGAGUUUGCUUUUGUGGUCUUCAAACUCGCAGAAGACCUCGGGGGCCUCCCUCCUGAUUUGGCCAAACUCCUCACCGCAUCGGUUGUCAUUUCCAUGUCGCUGACACCCAUCUUGGGCAUGGUGGCACAGGCUGUCGGCGACAAGCUGGAUGAACUUGAAGGAGAGGCCAGCAUUCCCAAACUCAAUGGAGUGAAUGGGGAGACCAAAGAUUACGAUGUCAACCUUAACGAUGAAGAAAUGAUUCGAGAGGCAUUUGAAACCUUUGAUGAAGACGGCAACGGAGCUAUAUGCGCUGACGAGCUGCAAUUGGUCCUUACCAAGCCAGGAACGAACACCAUGCUUUCCAAGGAAGAAGUUGAAGCUGUGAUUGCACGGUUCGAUGACAAUGGAGAUGGGAUGCUACAAUUCGACGAGUUCGCGGCGCUAUGGACAGCCAAACGAAGAGGUGGCAUUAUCGAAGUCAAUAAAUCGGUCGAGGCAAGCAAAAAAACUCAAUCUCUGUCAAACGCAGUUGUGGUUUGUGGCUAUGGGCAGGUGGGACAGAAGCUCUGCGCGGCACUGGACGAGGCGAAUAAGGCUGGAAUUGGCGGUGGGGUACCAUACGUUGCUUUUUCGCAACAUCCGGAACGUAUUUCUCUUGGAGUGUUGAAUGGAGCCAGCGUAGUGUACGGGAACGGUGCCUCUCCAUCCCUCAUUCGAGCUUCUGGAGUGAAGAAGCCAUCUGCGUUUGCUGUCGUGUACAAGAGCGAAGGAAGAUGUUUGGAGGCGACCAUCAGGCUGCGAGAAGCCUUUCCAACCGUUCCUAUUUACGUUCGCACAGGUCGAUUUGAAUCUGCGAAACGCCUGUCGGAGGCGGGUGCAACAGAUGUGAUUGUUGAAACUGAGAAGGUAGCAGAGGCACUGCGAACUCUUGUCAGUCGAUACGGUGACACGUCGGUAGCUUUGAUGAAGGACGCUCUAUUGGCCAACGAGUUGAAAGAGCUUUACGAUGUCUUCUCCACUAGUCUGGACAAGAAUGAAAAUGGAGAGGUGAAACUAGCGGAACUCCGCGACGAGUUGAUGAGGCAACGAGAUCAACCCCUUGAUGACAAAUCGCUAGCAGAGUGGAUGGGCUACGAAGAGGCGUUGUCGAAGUGGGUGACUGGAGACGCGGAGUCACGCUGGGUGACAUUCCCUGAGUUUGUCAGAUUUUCUGUUCGCAAACUUGAGCCACAUGACUAG